AUGAAUAAAAAUUUUGUCGUAAGAACUCAUAAGACUGGGGGUAAAUGGGCCAGUGAACAAACAGAUGGAGGCAAUCCCUUCAGAAGAAAUGCCAAUUUCAAUGUAAUAAUUAAACUUACUGGAACAAGUUAUGAGGUGUAUGUUGACGAUGUUUAUUUCUGUGAGUAUCAGUUUGCAUUUCGAGCUGACAAAAUUGGUUUCAUCAAAGUUCAUGGUGAUGUUCAACUAAAAAGAAUAGGUGCUGGUGAUGAAAGUACAAGAUUAUAUCUACGCAGAACCAUUGCAGUUGGUGAUAGAGUGCGAUCUGAAAUUUCACCAAGAAAUUUUUCGCAAAUUAUGUUCAUUGAAUUAGAUAAUCACAGGAAGGGUUUAGCGAGAAUACAGGGAAAAAGACAAGAAAACUUUACAUUUCAGUGUAAUCACUGUAAUGAAAUUCCGCUUGAUCUGUUCUAUGGAAAUCAAGAAACGUUUAUUAUUGAAAUGGAAUUUUUAUCUGAUGCAGUAAUAAGGAUUUACAAUGGUGCAAAAUACCUUAAAACGGUCGCGUUGGAAAAUAAACACGAAAUAGAACAAGCCAAUUUAAUUAGAAUGGAUUCUAUCAACCCGAUAGAGUGCUAUCGUAUUCCAUAA